AUGGAGACCGCAGUCCCAGAAUUCCGUAUUUUAGCCCCACAAAUCAUUUGCCCCAACCAUGACAACAUUUCCAGCGUCAAACGUGAUUUCUCUGUUAUAACAAUACAGCCGAAUACUGUUACCGAUUUCCAAUUAUCUUGGAUUGUACGUUGGGUGUCCUUGCCAUCUCUAUCACAGCGGAUGACUUUGAACCUUUGGAAAUUAGUUCGCGCUCUGGAAAAGAAAUUGAACGAGCAAUCAGCAAAUGAUUUCGAUUACAUCAUAGAAAAUAAUGAGUUCUCGUGGUCUGUCUCCAGUAAGCCUGAACACGUUAUAAAUGUAUCUCAUAUAAUAGGCUCUAAAUUGGAAAUACCUGCAAACACCUUACAACCUGAACUGACAUAUGAAGUAAUCUGUGAAAUAAAAACUUACAGUUCAGACGAUUUUAUCACAGAGGUAGCUUUGACAGUCUCUGUUCUUCGUAGAAAACUCCAAGUGUAUUUAAAUAUAGACGAAUUAGUCGUUCCUCUCAACGAAGCCUUCGCGAUUGAAGCUUUUAUCAUUUAUGAUGAUUUAAAAGAUACUACAAUAGAAUUUGAAUGGGUGUGCACCAGCAAUGAAAAAUCAUGUGACUUCUUUGAAAACAGGAAUGAAAGAAUUUAUAAUGUCUCACAGGGAAUCUCGGAAGAGGGCAUUUACGAUAUACAUUUAAACGUUAUUGUCCUACAAGAAGUUGCAAAAACCAACGCUACAAUAAGAGCUAUAAAAGGAAUUUUACCAGUUUUGCAGAUCCAGUCUAUAAAUCGAGUUAUGAACGAGAACCAAGAAGUGCAUCUAGUGGGUAAAGCAAGCAACUUGGCUCCCUCUUGCCAUCUAACGUGGUACUUCGCUACCGCAGAGUACUUGGCUAGUGAAUCAACUUACUCGGUCAAUGACUCAUGGAAUGGAUUCACGCACGGAUAUGCAAUAUCUGAAUCAUUAACGUUGAAUUCUAUUGAAGAGAAUUUCCUUUACGAAUACAUCGAUUUCACAAAUGAAACUUACACAAGACAAAUUGAAGCUAAAAUGAAAGCAAACAACGGUACCGCACGUCUAGUAGCAGAAUGCAACUGCUCUUUUUCAUUUGACUGUGAAACUCAUGGUCUUGUCUACGGAAAUCUUCAUUUAGAGCUAAACGAGAGCCCAUAUAUUUAUAACUUUACGGUUUAUCCGGAAUCGGGGUUGGCGUUGGAAUCCUUGUUCCGACUGAGCGCCUCCGCUUCGGACCCCGAUGGACCUCUGCGGUUCACAUUCUAUUACGUGAUCGACAAUCGAACCAUUCCACUAGCCUCUUAUUUAGGCCAUUCUGCAAUAGAAACACACCUUCCUUAUAUAGUUGGUGGAACAGAUGUCUUGGUUGAAGUGUGCGACUCCCUCAACGCAUGUUCCAGGAGCAAAUUCAUAAACGUCAAAGUGUAUCCAAGCGACGCUGACAUUGACAAGCUUGCUGACAAAGCUCGAGCCCACAUACGACGACGUGAAAUUACAGAUCUCACACUAAUCUGUAUCUCAACCGUGAUAAGUCUCUCGGAUCCAUCAUCAUGUGAAAUUAAACCGAAAAAAAGAGGAAGACCGACUGGAAAGAACAGAACGCCGCUAUCGCUUGAGGAGAAAAGGGCAAGGAAUGCUCAGUACGAAAGGGAGAGACGUCACGCCGCUUCCGAGGCUAUGUCGAUCUUAGCCGAAGCUUCUGGCUGUGAUCCUUCUGUAGAAACCGCCAAAACAAUUGAAAUGGUAGCUAUUUCUGAACGCAUAGCAUAUGCAUUGCAUUAUAUGCAGUUUAGAAAUACAUAUUCUGACGUGUCAGCGAGCACGCAAAUUUUAUAUGAACGACUUGAAUACGUAAUAGCUUUCAUUCUACACCAAGAAACUUUUAUACCUCUGUCGAAUGCUGACAUUUUAGCAACAGCUUUAGCGCAAAUCCAAAGGGCUUCUGAAAGGGAACCCGAAGACGAUAUCGCUCAUAUAAGGAGAUGCAACGAAAAGUUGUUGCUCCAAGUGGAAAUUUUAGAAGAACGUUUGUCUAACUGGGAAGAACCUGAGAAUAAUAGUGACACUCAAGAAAACGAGGAAACCGCUGUUAAUGAACGUAAACGGAAAGCAGAUUUUGACGAAAAUAACAUAUGCAAAAUAAAAAAAUGUAAAAGUGAAGAAAACCUUCUGAACACUUCUUUUAAUUCGGACAUAAUUGACUCCGACACACUGGAAAUGUUUUGUACGCCUUCAGACCUAAACAUUAUUGAAUCAGUGUGCAGUGAAUGGGUUAAUGAAGAACCGGUAUUUGAAAAUAAAGACAAUUUGCUCACACUAGACUCCUUUGUAAACUGA